UUCCGGGGCGGGGCCGGGGAGAGGAGAGGGCCGCUGCUGUGGCAACGGGCUCAGGAGGGGGGGGUUCCGUCUUCUCCCAAAAUGGCGUCCUCGGGAGGCGGCGGUGGAGGUGUCAACCCCUUCCUCAGCGACUCGGAAGAGUCGGAGGGCGAGGGAGCCAGGCCCGGGGGCGACGGGGGCCCCCACAGCCCCAGCGAGCCUCCUCCCCCGCCUCGCCCGCCUCUUCCUGCUGCUGCCCCCGCGGCCCCGCUGCUUCCGCCGCCUCCUUCUCCCCCUCCGCAGGCCGAGGAGCCUCCUCGUGUGGCCGUGGACGCCCUGGCGGCCCAGCUGCUGCGCGACCAGUUCGUGCUGACGGCGCUGGAGCUGCACACGGAGCUGCUGGAGAGCGGGCGGGAGCUGCCCCGCCUCAGGGACUACUUCUCCAACCCGGGCAACUUCGAGCGGCAGAGCGGAGCCGGAGGAGCGGGAGCGGGCACUCCCGCGGCGCCCACCACCCCCGCCGCCCCCGGGGCCACACUGCUCGGCCUCGCCGCCGGGAAGGAGGCCAACGCCGGACAGCUCCAUCGAGCUGGAAGCAUUAGCACCCUUGAUUCCUUGGAUUUUGCCAGAUAUUCAGAUGAUGGAAAUAGAGAAACAGAUGAACGGGUGGCUGUCCUGGAGUUUGAACUACGGAAAGCAAAAGAGACCAUUCAGGCCCUCCGAGCCAACCUGACUCAGGCUGCAGAAAAUGAAGUUCCUUUGCAGGAACGGAGAAAUUACAAAUCAAGUCCUGAAAUUCAGGAACCAAUUAAACCUCUUGAAAAAAGAGCCCUAAACUUCUUAGUCAAUGAAUUUUUAUUAAAGAAUGGUUACAAGCUUACUUCAAUAACUUUUUCAGAUGAAAAUGAUGAUCAGGACUUUGAACUGUGGGAUGAUGUAGGACUGAACAUCCCAAAGCCACCAGAUUUGCUACAACUGUACCGUGACUUUGGUAACCACCAAGUAACAGCAAAGGAUGUUGUGGAUGUAGCAGUUGGCACAGAGGAGGAUGAACUGGAGGCAAGCACCCCUAUCCUAGAGAACAUUCCUGUAUUUGGAACAACAGAAUCAAUAGAGCAAUGCGUAAUGGUGCAGAAAUUAGAAGAUCAAAUCAAUGCAUUAAGCACUGAGAAAUGGUCUCUCCUGGAACAGAUACGGAGACUUGAAAGUGAAAUAGAUUACUUAAGAAGUGAAAAAACUCCUAUUCCAGUGAUGUACGACUCGGUCCAGUCUUCUGUCGCUCAAGUGCCUCUCACAGUCCCAGAUAAUGGGAAGUAUUUAGAUAUAAAGAGUUCAUCUAACGAGGAUAAACAUACUGAAACUGAAGAGAAAAGGAAUUUCUCAGAAUUCGAAUCAAGAACUUUUAAAGAAGAUCCUCGAAUAUCUCUCCCUUGUAAAGAGACACUUUCAUCUUGUUCCCCAUCAAACAAAGCUGCUGUACACUUCGAUAAACCCAAUAGGAAGCUAUCACCUGCAUUCCAUCAAGCUUUGCUGUCUUUCUGUCAGAUGUCAGCAGAAAGUCGUUUGGGAUCAGAGGUAUCCCGGAUUGCAGAUAGUGAAAAGAGUGUCAUGCUCAUGCUUGGGCGUUGCUUGCCACACAUUGUUCCUAAUGUUCUGCUUGCAAAGCGAGAGAGAAUGGUUGUGCACCUCUGUCAGGAAUUGAUACCACUCAUAUUGUGUACAGCUUGCCUCCAUCCUGAACCCAAAGAAAGAGAUCAGCUAUUACAUAUACUAUUCAACUUGAUCAAAAGACCAGAUGAUGAGCAAAGGCAGAUGAUUCUUACUGGGUGUGUAGCAUUUGCUCGACAUGUUGGACCAACACGUGUAGAAGCAGAACUCUUACCGCAAUGUUGGGAGCAGAUCAAUCACAAAUAUCCAGAGAGACGACUGUUAGUAGCAGAAUCCUGUGGAGCAUUAGCACCUUAUUUACCUAAAGAGAUUCGUAGUUCGUUGGUACUUUCCAUGCUACAACAGAUGCUUAUGGAAGACAAGGCAGAUUUGGUACGAGAAGCUGUGAUCAAAAGCCUUGGUAUCAUCAUGGGAUAUAUUGAUGAUCCAGACAAGUAUCAACAGGGUUUUGAGCUACUACUUUCAGCUUUGGGUGAUCCUUCAGAACGAGUUGUUAGUGCAACUCAUCAGGUGUUUUUACCUGCCUAUGCUGCCUGGACUACAGAACUGGGAAAUCUGCAAUUACAUCUUAUACCUACAUUGCUUAGUAAAAUUGAAAAACUACUCAGGGAAGGUGAACAUGGACUAGAUGAACACAAGCUGCAUAUGUAUCUUUCUGCUCUGCAGUCCUUGAUUCCUUCACUUUUUGCACUGGUGCUGCAAGAUGCACCAUUCACAAACAAAGCAAAACUACAGGGUGAAGUCCCACCAAUUGAAGUGACGAGAUUUCCAAGGCCUGUAUCACCUCUUCAAGAUGUGGCCACGAUAAUUGGAAGCCGUGAGCAGCUGGCUGUCUUGCUGCAUCUGUAUGAUUACCAGUUGGAGCAUGAGGGGACCACAGGCUGGGAUACCCUGUUAUGGGUCGUCAAUCAACUGUUGCCACAGCUCAUAGAAAUAGUUAGCAAAAUCAAUGUAGCUUCAACAGCCUGCGUACAUGAAUUCUCAAGGUUUUUCUGGAGACUUUGCAGAACAUUUGGAAAAAUUUUCACAAAUACAAAGGUAAAACCACAAUUCCAGGAAAUUUUGAGGCUUUCUGAAGAGAAUAUAGAUGCUACAGCAGGAAACGGAGUGCUAACAAAAGCCACAGUUCCUAUCUAUGCAACAGGUGUACUUACAUGUUAUAUCCAGGAAGAAGACCGCAAGCUGUUGGUAGGAUUUUUAGAAGAUGUAAUGACGAUGCUUUCAUUGUCCCAUGCUCCCCUUGAUAGCCUGAAAGCAUCCUUUGUGGAAUUGGGUGCAAACCCAGCAUACCAUGAAUUGCUGCUAACCGUAUUAUGGUAUGGAGUCGUUCAUACUUCAGCACUUGUUCGGUGUACAGCUGCUAGAAUGUUUGAGCUGUUGGUGAAGGGGGUCCAUGAAACUCUGGUAGCUCAGAGAGUGGUUCCUGCUCUCAUUACUCUCUCCAGUGACCCUGAAAUCUCUGUGAGAAUAGCCACAAUUCCUGCCUUUGGUACUAUCAUGGAAACAGUCACCCAGAGGGAGCUGUUGGAAAGAGUUAAAAUGCAGUUGGCCUCAUUUUUGGAAGAUCCCCAGUAUCAAGAUCAACACUCUCUACAUACAGAAAUCAUUAAAACCUUUGGUAGAGUUGGACCAAAUGCUGAGCCAAGAUUUAGAGAUGAAUUUGUCAUUCCACAUUUGCAUAAACUUGCCUUGGUAAAUAACCAACAGUCUAUGGAUUCAAAAAGACUGGACAUUGCCACUCAUCUCUUUGAGGCCUACAGUGCACUCUCCUGUUGUUUUAUUUCUGAGGAAUUAAUGGUCAACCACUUUUUACCUGGACUCAGGUGUUUACGAAAUGACAUGGAAACUCUCUCACCAGAACAUGAGGUUAUUUUAAGCUCCAUGAUAAAAGAAUGUGAACAGAAAGUGGAAAAUAGGAGCGUCCAAGAACCACAAGGUUCUAUGUCAAUUGCGGCAAGCCUUGUGAGUGAAGACACCAAGACCAAGUUUUUGAACAAAAUGGGCCAGUUGACCACCUCAGGAGCCAUGCUGGCUAACGUAUUCCAGAGGAAGAAAUAAAUUGGAAUAGGAAGCCCUUGUAAACACUGAAAGACCUCAUUGAGACUUGUUCCUUGUACUUGAAGUACUUGCCUUUUCCCCCAUCUUAUGUUCUUGUAGUAUGAUUUUACUCUAACCUACAAAGAUAUUUGCACUGCUCUCAAAUAUUGCUAUGUAUCUGUUAACAUUGGGUUAAAUGUGGUUGAUUAUAAAACUAAAUUAAGUCUGUAUCAAGUCCCUGUCCUGUGUUCUUGUCUUUUCAGCCUAAUUUUUUAUAUAAAUAUAUAUAUAUAGUGAAGUUUUUUUAUUUCCCAAUGGAUUCUUGGCCAAUAUCUGUAUUAUAAAUGGAGCUGUUAUGAUGGUACCUAAAAUAAUGUAAAUUUGAAGUCGCAGUCAAUGAAAUAAAGUGCAGAAUACUUAUGUAUUUAAGUUAUAAGAGGGUAAUGCAGACUUUUUUAAUGUUUCUAAAAUGAAAGGCAAGAGCCACCAGCACUAGUCUGAUUCUUGGAUUGCUUUUUGUAAGUUAUUGUAUAUUUGAAUUACAGAGAAGAUGGAGAAUAUAAUGUAUUACGGAAAUGCUUACACUACAAGUCUUAUUGUGGACCAUAUUCUUCUAAAAGUAAUGGAUAAACCAGUUCUUUGAGAUGCA